AUGUUGAUCGUCCUGUUCCUAUCCAGGCCCGAAGCGUUCCCAGCAUCGCGCAUCGACGGCAGUGGAGCCGAUUCGCCGCUCGACGGCGACGGCGGCGGCGGCGGCGAGUUCUUCUACUGCGCCAUCUGCAUGGAGACGGUCGCCGACAUCCUCAAGUUCAGCGUCACCUCUUGCGGCCACGAAUUCUGCUUCAGCUGCGUCGCCCAGUACGUCGCCGCGAAGCUGGGCGAGAACGCCGCGCGCGUAGACUGCCCUGACCCUGGCUGCGGCGGCGCGGGCGCCGUCGAGCCGGAGAGCUGCCGCGGCAUCAUCUCCCCGGAUCUCCUCGACAAGUGGGGUUUUCUGCUGUGCGAAUCCGCGUUCGGUGCCGGUAAUAAGGUGUACUGCCCGUACAGGGAAUGCUCGGGGCCUCUUCUCGCAGAUGAUGGCGGGGAGGCGAUCGCGCAGGCCGAGUGCCCGCACUGCCACCGCCUCUUCUGCGCCCGGUGCGCCGUGCCGUGGCACGCCGGCGUCGAGUGCAGGGAGUUCCAGCAGCUCGGGCAGGACGAGCGCGGACGCGACGAUCUCUUGCUCCGCCGGCUCGCCGGCCGCCAGAGGUGGCAGCGCUGCCCCAAGUGCCACAUGUACGUGGAGAAAUCGGAAGGGUGCAAUUACAUCAAAUGCAGGUGUGGAUACAGCUUCUGCUACAGGUGUGCAUCCAAGGUGUCCGCGAUAACCCAUUACUGCAACAAGUGCAAGCGCUAG